UCAUAUGCGUUCCAAUCAGCUGAGCGUGAGACUCCUCGUUAUUGUUGUGUUCAAUCGUGGGUGUGGGGAACGCCGGCGGUCCCUAAGGUUGUUUUCAGCAUUUCCGAGAGAAACCACAAGGUUGCACCCUACUCCCCAUCAUGUAUUCAGUGCCUAUAGUUCCGCCCGACCUACGACACGAGGAGACAAUAAUCCAGUCGAUCAAUGCCCUGGACUACUUGCAAAAAACAAUCGCUGACGUUUUCGAUCGUGUCGAUGCCCGUAUCGAGCGAAACAAUGUGAAAAUUCGCCAGCUACAAAGUCGCAUCGAGGCCGCCCACACUAGCAUCAAUAGUUUGGUCGGAAUAAAUAAAGCAAUCAAAAUUUUCUCACCCGCUAAAUUCCCGGCAGCGCACGUAUUCCAGGACAUCCCUAAAACGUUCGGCCGCGUACAUGACAAACCCAAAUUCCAGGUGAAUCGCGAUUAUAAAGUUUUGAGCAGUUUAGACCCAGUGGCCCAUCGAAAUAUUCAGGACAAAUUAGUAUUCUAUCACGUAAGGACUAGUAUGCAGACGAAGAACUCGAAAAUGGGUCGCGUAAUGGACCAGAAACAAGGGCUGGGGAAAGUACCGCAGAAUAUCAAGUCAGUAAAUAGUCUGCUACGCUUCAAUACUAUGGAGAAUGUGUAUCAAAAAGGCGGAAUUGCGGAAAGCUCGCUGGGCAAAGCGGCUUCCUCCAAGAAGAGGGAGAAGCCAUCUCACACCGGACAAAAGAUUGAAGCUCCUCCGAUAUCCAUGACGAACCGGAUCGUCAGCGAUAAAAAGCACAACUCUGGACUAUUCUACACCCCAAAACUAAAUGAGGCACCCGCAUUGGACGUUCCCAUGGAUCUGCCAGAUUUGCCGGGCAUCGCCGACGAUAUCACCUUCAGUCAGGACGACCCUGAGCGCAUCGCGCCAUCGUUCUACAUCGACAAUCUUCCUGAUCUUCCGGAGCCGGAAAACAUACCACACGCCCAAAGUGAUAAAACCGCGAGUGAAUCUGAGAACAUCGAGGCUCCGCCUAUGUCCGCUCAACCACCGCCGCCUCCACCACCACCGGUCGCAGCAAUUCAAGCUCCAAAAGCAGCAGUAUCGCCUCCACCACCACCACCUCCUCCUGCACCCGUCCCGUCACCUUCCAUACCCACUGCGACCCCGGCAUCUCCGUCAACACCAGCCGCCGCAGAAAUGGCCGAUGCUCGCAUGAAUCUCAUGGAAGCGAUCCGCAAAACAGGGGGACUACGGGGCGCGAAAUUAAGGACGGCGGCCGCUGCAGAGGUCAGCAAAACCAGUGAGCCCGAAUCAAAGAAAACAGGAUCGAAACCCAGCGGAGAUCUGAUGGCUGAUUUGCAUAAUAAAUUGCUGAUGCGUAGAAAAGGGAUCUCCGGAGCGAAGGACCAAAACCAGCCGUCCACCAGCAGUAGUAGUGGAAAUGUAAUGGAUCGACUGUCUGCCCUGAUCCCUCCGCCGCCACCUAAGACUGCUCCAGUUGCACAGAGUUCGGCCACAGACGGAAGCGACGAAAACGAUGAUUGGACCGACUGAAAGCAUUAGGAACGUAGCGCGGAAUUAAACAAUUAUUAAAAAUAGAAUAAUAUAACAGAAAGUGCCUUAUUUCAUCCCAUUUAAUUCUAAAAUUCAUUGAAUAAUCUUAAUAAUAAAAUGUUGAAUUUUUCACACUAGAA